UAGGAUAAAUUUUGUUGUAUUUUCUAUUGCACACACAAACUAAGAAUAAAUACAUUUUUCUUACCAUUUAUUUUAUUUAUUUUAAGUGGUACUGUGAUAAAAUGCAAAUAAUCCUCUUGUAAAUUAAUAUUUUAAAAAACAUGGAUGGUUUUGUUCAAACUGAACAAAAACAGACGAUGUCCGAAAAUUGAUAAGAAGAAAUUUUUAUUACAUUUUUUGUUUUCAUUCUAAGCGUUUGUGUUUUAUUUCGAAGAAAACAAUGCAUAAAAUACUUAAAAAGUUAUAAUUUAUAUCAAUAACAACGUAUUGUUAAAGUGAAACAAAUUCAAAAUGAAAUUAUAUAAAUUAUAUACACAUACCAAAGCUUAUAAUGAUGCUGAUCUUUUAAUCAACAGUAAGGAACAUCCUGAUGCAAAAGCUGGUGAUAUCGUUGAGGUAUUUCACCGUGAUGAUGAGGAGAAUACUAGAUUGCUGCUGCAGAUAACCACGUUUACAGAUCUGAAAAAUCGUGAUGUGAUUAGUAUAGAAAGUGGUGUGGCAAAUCAAUUUAAACUGCGCACCUUCAGUGAUGUUGUAAUGCGUGUGGUUGAUGUAACAGAUGUUGCUUUGGAUUCCAUUGAAAUCACUUUCAAGGAUCAGUAUAUGGGACGUUCAGAAAUGUGGCGUUUGAAGAAGUAUUUAACUAAUACCUGUGUAUAUGUCAAUAAAAAAAUUGACUAUAAUGAUAUGCAAAUACGAUGUCAAGUAUACGAGAUGUGGUCUCAGGGCGAACGUGUUUCUUGCGGUGUAAUUACGGAGGACACAAAAAUUGUAUUUCGCAGUAGCACAUCAAUGGUCUACUUAUUCUUACAAAUGUCAUCGGAAAUGUGGGAUUUUGAUAUACACGGAGAUUUGUAUUUCGAAAAGGCGGUGAAUGGUUUUCUAACUGAACUAUUUCACAAAUGGAAAAGAUUGGGCUGUAAUCAUGAAGUCACAAUUGUUUUGUUUUCACGGACAUUUUACGCAGCCAAAUCUCUGGAUGAAUUUCCCGAUCACAUGCGCGAAUGUUUGCAAAUGGAUUAUAAAGGCAGAUUUUAUGAGGAUUUCUAUCGCGUGGCCAUACAGAAUGAACGAAACGAUGAUUGGUGUACCAUACUGGCCCAAUUGAGAAAGUUGUUUACUUCAUAUCAAAAAACGGUAUUGAAUUAUCAUGCCCGCAAGGAUAUUAAAAUACCAACAGCUUAUAAUUCUACAGCGGCUCAAGGCAACUUUUUGGAAGUUUUAAAUAUAUCAUUAAAUACGUUUGAAAAACACUAUCUAGAUCGUACUUUUGAUCGCACGGGACAGUUGUCAGUGGUUGUAACACCGGGGGUGGGAGUGUUCGAAGUUGAUCGAGAACUUACCAACAUAACCAAACAACGAAUUAUAGAUAAUGGUGUUGGUAGCGAUUUAGUGUGUGUUGGUGAGCAACCUUUACAUGCUGUUCCUUUGCUGAAAUUUCAUAAUAAAGAUACUUCGCUGACUGCGGCUGACGAUUACUCUUUACCACAUUGGAUUAAUUUAAGUUUUUACUCAACCAAUAAAAAAAUUGCCUAUUCAAAUUUUAUACCACGCAUCAAAUUGCCACCCAUGAUAGCAAAUGCUCCCAUAAAAAUGGAUUCUAAUAAUGACAAUGAAAAUAACUUUCUUAGCUGUAAUCAAUCGGAAUAUAUACAUAAUUCAUUGUUUGAUUAUGAAGCCUAUGAUGAUCAAAUAUUUCAAGCACCACCAGCUCAAGGCACUUGUUCUUUACAGCGUAUUAUUAGAGCUAAAAAGACUUCAGUGCCCAGUUUAGAAACAUAUGCUUUUCAAAACAGUGAUUGGGAAAACUUUUCGCCCACUAAAGUACCUAGUUUAAGACGCAAAAUGUCUGAUCCGGACAUACAUCAUGGCACUUCCGGCAUAUUGGCAGCCAUGAGCGAUGUCACCAAUCUUUCUGAAUCUUUGGCAUCUGAAAAAAAUUCAAGACGCUCUAUUGUUUCGAUAGCGCCAAUAGUAAGGCCAGGAAGAUCUCUAAUUAAUCCAUUUGAUCCAUCUCAUGUUACAAUUAAAUUAACUUCAAAUCGUCGUCGUUGGACUCAUAUAUUUCCAAAGGGUCCCACAGGAGUUCUCAUACAGCAGCAUCAUUAUCAGGCGGUGCCGGCAAAACAAAAUUGCAAUCAAUUCAAUAACAAUAAUGACAAUGACUACUCAUCGUGUUACAAUUCCAUGGAGUACGAUCAUACAUCAAAUUGUUCAACACUGAGUAAAUCCAUCUCAAACAGCUUCAACACUGGUGACACAGAUAAACUCGAAAUUUCCAGGAAACGUAACAAUUCCUUAUUAAAUACUUCCGGCUUGGUAGCGAACACAUCGACGGCAGCUGUACCAGCUAAGAGUUUUCUUUGGGGUGCCACCGGGGAACAGGAAUGGACACCUGCCAUUACUACGGUGAAUGGUAGUGUGCGUAAACAUUUAAUACCAAUAGUUGAAACAGAAACCACAAUGGGAAAUAUGUUCGAGACAGAAGCUGAUGGCAAAGGAAAAAUAAUCAUAGGAGUUGAUUGGAAAUCUCUUACCAUACCAGCUUGUUUACCUAUAACUACUGACUAUUUUCCCGAUAAACGUUCAUUACAUAACGAUUAUGUUAUAUCCGAUUACACUCUCCUGCCGGAUGAUGUAAAUUUGGAUUAUGCUAAUAGUCGAGCGAUUUAUCGAAAACCCCUGACAACUGAAGAAGUUUGUACAGAAAUUGUAUCACAACGUUUGGCUCAAGGUUUUCAACUAAUCGUUUUAGAAGAGAAGUUAAAUAACACUCCUGCCCAGGCGCCAUGUUGUGGGGGUCUCAAGCAGCAAAAACCUACUUCAGUGCUGCAUUUACAGCCAUUAACAGAGGUCACAAAGGAAUAUUUAUUAUCGAUAGGUCGUAUUUUCCAUAAAAUAACAUUAAAUGGUUCGGUUAUAACUGUAACGGGCUAUAGGCCAAGACAUCCCUAUCCACCGAUUAAUGUUGAUUAUCGCUAUCGUUUCCAUGCGCCACAACAUGAAACGUAUGAGAUUUCAGGUGUUAAUUUUACUACCGAAAAAUUGGAAAAUUUCAAUUGGAAUUAUAUGGAUCAUUAUAUAUGUACUAGAGGUGAUACUGAUUAUCCUUUAAUGGAAAGUUUAAAAUAUUGGCGUUUCCGUAUGUAUUUAUUACCAAAAGAAAAUAGAGCCAUGAAUAAAAUAAUUGAACACGGCUGUCAACACUGUGAUGUUUUCACCGAUACUGCGGUGGACAAUACUAAACAACAGAUAGAUGAUUUUAUGCGUUUCGUUGAAUUGCAUUUGAAUAAAUUGAAGAGACGUAAAGCACGCGAUAGUCCUACUGCACAAAGUCAUCUAACAAGAAGGCGCCACAGUACCAGCAUAAUAUCCAGACCUCCAUCUAAUCAGGGAGUUACGAAUUCGCCGUUUCGUGAACGUGUUGGCAGUAAUCGUUUACCCGAAAAACGUCCAAGUUAUAUAGCUCGAUCAACUGUUUUAAAAACGGAACGGGCCGCUGGUCGUAUAAUACAUCCGGCUGCAGAUGCCGCUGCGAUUGCCUUAAAUUCUGAGCUAAAUCAGCAUGAUGAUUAUGAUGAAGGAUCAUCAACGGAAAUUAAAUUACGUCCAAAUGCCACCGUUAAUGAAAUAUUUGAAGCUAUGAAACAUCCCGUUAAUGGUGUUGCCUUCAUUUCACAAACCCAAAGUCUGCCUUCGUAUACGUUUGUAUCGUUUGAUGCCUUGAUGUGGCUGAAAAAUAAUUUGGAUAACUCUCGUAGUCCUUUGGAAAUUUUAGAGGCUAUGCGUAAAGAGAAAUUAAUCUGUCAUGCCUCGGGUGAUUUUAAUAAGCCCGUUUUAGCAGGCUUUUAUUUGUAUUUUAUUGCACAACAAGAUAAAAAUGUCAAAGACUAUAUACGACCCCUAAAUGAUUUAAGUGCCUUUGAGAAUGAAUGGAUGGAAAUCGAAUUAUUAGGCUGUAGUAAUUUAUGGAAUGAUGAAGCUGCAUUACCGCAUAUACCAAGCUUUCUGAAAGAAAUACCACCUUCACAAUCCUGGACUGAGUGUUGCAGGAAUCACAAAACUUAUCGGCAUUCACAUUUAGAAAUUGAUGUUAAUCAAAAGAGCGAACGUAUGGAAUGGGGUCAUGUUAAAUAUCACACUGUUAUGCAAACAGGUUUUGCAUUUGAGAUUGUAGUACAAUGGGUUACAUCGUCGGGACCAAUAGUUUGGGAUCUGAUUAAUGGCUGGAUACGUAAAGCCAACCAAUGUAAUUAUCAAUUAGUUCCGGUACCUGCCGAUCCAAUGGCUGAACCGUUUACAGAAAAAUCCGAUCCGCUUAGAGGUCCUAUAUUUAUACCUUUGGCCACUCAGCAUUUAAAUAAUGGUGUUAAUUUGUUCGAAGAAUUUUCUGAAGAAACUAGAGCCGAUCGUAUGUUACUAUUUCAAGAAGCUAUAUUAGCUCGUUUCGGAUUUUUACCCUGUGUUGUGGAAAAGAAAUUUACUUUUAACAGAGAUGUGCCAAAGGAAUAUCAAUAUGUCCAUUGCUCCGGCAAUAUGUUUGCUCUUAUACGUUGUUCUAAAAAUACCAAUUAUCAAAUGGAUUCUCCAAGUCGUCAAGAAGCCAAUGUUACUCGUUGUGUCUAUGGUCAUACAAAUAAUACUAAUGUACCAAAAAAGAUUGGUUUCUUAUGGGCUUGGAAUCAUAUGAUACCAAAUAAAAAAUGGAAAUCUCUCCUUAUUAACAAUUCGUCCGAAGGCGAACUGUUUCAAUUGAAAAUGCUUAAAGAUUUUCGUGAGUUUUGUUCGAAUGGCGAUAAUCGUUUGGUUAAAUUUUGGAAUCAUUGUCAUGAUAUGAAACGUGCUUCUUUAAAUAGCAUUGAAAACAUAAAUAACAACAAUAAUAAUAUUGAAAAUAAAACUAUAUUAGGUUUAAGUUAAAAUAUGGGUUACUAUCUGUAUAAUAUAUAAGUAUAUACCUUUAAAAUUUGUUAAACUCUUUAAAGUAGUAAUUAGCAUAGUUUCAAUAAGUAUAUAUGAUUAUUGUUAUAGUUUAAAAUAUUCAUUAUACUUGGUAUAUCUAUCUGUUUUUAAAAUAUUACGUUAAGUUUUUUUAUACAAUACAAUAAAAAUAUAUAGAAAAUAAAUGAACGUCUCAUAUAUUAAAAAUUAA